UGCCAGAUGACUUGGUGCCCGCUGUCGAGCCAGAUGAUCCAAUGCCAGAUGACCCGGUACACGCUGUCGAGCCAGAUGACCUGAUGCAGACAAUCCAAUGCCUGAUGAUCCGGUGCCCGCUGUCGAACCAGAUGACCCGGUACCCGCUGUCGAGCCAGAUGACCUGAUGCCAGAUGACCCGAUGCCAGACGACCCGGUGCCAGUUGUCGAGCCAGAUGAUCCAAUGCCUGAUGACUCGGUGCCCGAUGUCAUGCCAGAUGACUCGGUGCCCGCUGUCUUGCCAGAUGACUCGGUGCCCACGGUCUUGCCAGAUGACUCAGUGCCCACGGUCUUGCCAGAUGAUUUGGUCCCCGCUGUCUUGCCGGAUGAUUCGGUGCCUGCUGUCGUGCCAGAUGACUCGGUACCCGCUGUUGUGCCAGAUGACUCGGUGCCCGCUGUCGAGCUUGAUGACCCAGUGCCCGCGGUUCUGCUAGAUGGCUUGGUGCCCACUGUCGUGCCAGAUGGCUCGGUGCCCGCUGUCGUGCCAGAUGACUCGGUGCCCGCUGUCUUGCCAGAUGACUCGGUGCCCGCUGUCUUGCCAGAUGACUCGGUGCCCGCUGUCGAGCUUGGUGACCCAGUGCCCGCGGUUCUGCCAGAUGGCUCGGUA